AUGACAGAAAAGAUGCUACCAAAAUUUGAGAAAUAUUGGUCGGAUUUCAGCAUGAUCUUGACUAUUGCUGUAGUGUUUGAUCCACGUUACAAUCUUCAGUUUGUGGAUUUCUUUUAUAAGAAGUUAUAUGGACCUGAUUCCCCUCAGUUUGAACUAGUGAAAGGGAAGUUGUUUGCCUUAUUUGAUGAAUAUUCCAAUUCUUACGUGGAUAACAGUAAUCAAGCUAGAAGUGGAAGUGCUACAGGUAACAAUGUGAAUUGUGACUUCACAAAUGCAGACUCAUUGGCAAUGGUGGAGGAGUUUAACUCUUUGGAUGUUGAGUUUGGAUUGAGCCAACAACAAUCACAGUUGGAGCUGUACAUGGAGGAAAAAAGAUUAGAUGUCAAAUCCAAUCUUGAUAUUCUUAAUUAUUGA